AUGUCUCAAUGUGAAGAUAUUCGUUUCUCUAAUGAUACUUAUCGUGUAUUACAAGUAGAUGAUGAAGGUGGACAAGAUUCAAGUGGUAAACGUAUUAGUGAUCUUUCAGGACCAUUAGCUCAGGGCAAGUUUUCGAUAUUUUAUAUGUCGACAUAUCAAACUGAUUUUGUCUUGAUCAAAGAUAGAAGGUUAAAACAAGCUAUUCAAUUGUUACAACAAAAUGGAUUCAUAUUUGAUCUAGAUUCCAUUGAACAAUGCUUAGGUAGUUCACCUAAUUCAAUACCUCAGUUAGAUAAAAAGAUAGAAAAUAAGCCACCACAAUCCAUCAUUAAUAAAGAAAAUUUUGAAAGGUCUGUUUUAAGUGAUGAAUUCCAAUGUGUUGGAUUAAAUCAUCAUUAUCGAUCAGAAUGGGCCAUGACAGUUCUCAAGAUCUUAUCUUAUCCUGAAUUAAUUUCAUUUGAUACUGAUAAAAGAUUUUUUUCAUAUACUGCAACGAGUGAUGGUAUUUCACUUAUUGCAAAUCAACGUAUAUUGAACUUAUUUGAACCAGAGUCUAUCUUUAGAGAUGAAGAAUCACAAACAUUUCGUGUUAUUCAAGUUAAUUUAGCUGGAUCUAAUUUAGAACGUUGCGGUAUUGUUUGGUCUAUUUCUCAUCCAUUAGCUACUGAAGCUCAUAUCAAUUUGUUAUAUCUAAGUACUUUUAAAAGUGCUAAUGUUUUGGUAUCAUCUGAAGACUUGGGAAGAGCAGAAGAAAUUCUUACAGAUGAUUUGGAAAAUAGUAAAGGAAUGCUUGCAGAAAUAGUUUUGGAACCUACUUUAUAA